AUGGAAAAGUUCGAUGUCGCCGUAGUUGGCCUUGGUGCCCUUGGAAGCGCAGCAGCCUGGCAAGCGGCGCGAAAGGGAGCAAAGGUGGUGGGCUUUGAACAGUUUGAGUUUGGCCACGUCCGAGGUGCAUCUCACGACACGUCGCGCAUCGUCCGCACAGCAUAUGAUGCUCCGGAAUACGUCUCGCUUGCCAAAGCCGCCUACAAAGACUGGGCCGACUUGGAGAAAGAUGCCGGUUUGAAGCUGUUGACUGUUACCGGUGGCAUCGUUGUGCUUGCGAAUGAUCGCACCUGGACAUCCGGUUUCAAGGUCUCGGAUUACACAGCAAGCCUUGAUGCCAAUAAUGUGCCCUACGAGCUUCUGAGUGCAAAAGAGGUCAAUACGCGAUGGCCGAAGCUCGACAUUGGUGACGACGAGAAUGCGGUGUACACUCCAGAUACUGGCAUUGCGCACGCGGCUAAAUCAGUGACGGCGAUGCAGUUCGUUGCUCGCGCUCACGGAGCCAUACUCAAAGAAAAUACCCCAGUCACUGCAAUUAUACCCAUCACGAACGAAGGAGUCAUUAUAAAGACAGAAAAGGGCGAUUUCCAGGCUCGCAAGAUCAUUCUGGCUACAGAUGCCUGGACAAACAAACUGCUUGCUCCCCUCGGUGCACAGAUUCCACUUGAGGUCAUGCAAGAGCAGGUCACAUACUUCAAGCCCAAAGAACCCACUCUAUUCAACGCCGAGUACUUCCCUGUGUGGAUUCGAGUGGUUGACGGAAAGACGUUCUAUGGAUUUCCCACUUUCGGCGAACCUACCAUCAAGGCUGGCCGCGACGUGUCAAACAACCGCAUGAGCCCCGAGGAAAGGUCAUAUAUUCACUCUCCAAAACUCUUGGAUGAGUUGACAGCAUUUAUGAAGGACUUUGUGACCAAAGAUGAGGAACUUGAGAUCCUUCGUACGGUUACAUGCCAGUAUACGAUUACCCCAGGCCGACACUUCAUACUGAGCGCACUAGAUCAGUAUCCGGACAUUUUGGUUGCGUUGGGAGCGGCUCACGGCUUCAAAUUUGCACCUGUUAUCGGUCGCGUUAUGGCAGAGCUGGCUAUAGAUGGAAAGACAACUGAGGAUCUCUCCAAGUUUGUCAUACCUGCGAUUCAGUCAGUUGUUCGAAGUAAGAUUUAA